UACCUUCACGACGUUAAUUUAAUUAAUGUCUUCACUGCAGCUCUUCUGCUCCUCGUCAAAGCGACUUCUCUCUCAGACUGUGAACCAAAGCGAGUAUUAAUACUUCCCGUGACGUCAUGGUUGUGAUGGUGUGCGCUCAUUGGUUCCCCCCACAAACUGGACACGGAACAGCCAAUCACAUUGAGCGAGCGGACAACGUCAACACGAACCUUUUAGCAGGUCUUAUCUAACUUUACACAGGUUCUGUUUACGUGGCGCUAUCACAGUAUGUGAUCUAAUCUGGCUAGUUCCUUUGAAGUUUAACAGAAAUUACUGAGCCAAUGACUGCACUCCAUUUCCCAUAGUUCCACGCUACGUCCCCUUCCUGCUACUUCCGCUUGUGUUGCGCAUGCGCACAUCGUUGGAGAAUGCGGAUUUGGAAGCUAACAGGCACAGCUAGCCAGCAAGCUAAAAACAAGCUUCUUCUUCUUCGGUUYUAAAGCUGUUUAAAUGUCGAAAACAAAUCCACAGCCCCCGUCGUGUUCGGCAGCCACGACCACGGGUGGACCCUCUUCGUCCUCUUCGUCUUCGCCCGCGGGGGGGUCGACAUCUCCCGCAACCGUGCUGAACGUACAGCCAGAGAAACCUCAACAUUACACGUAUCUGAAGGAGUUCCGAACUGAGCAGUGUCCCCUGUUUGUGCAACAUAAAUGUACACAGCACAGGCCUUUUUCCUGUUUCCACUGGCAUUUCCUGAACCAGCGGCGCCGCAGACCCAUCCGCAGACGGGACGGGACCUUCAACUACAGCCCAGAUGUCUACUGUACCAAAUAUGAUGAGGGGACAGGCAGCUGUCCUGAUGGAGACGAAUGUCCCUUUCUGCAUCGUACAGCAGGUGACACGGAGCGAAGAUAUCACCUUCGCUACUACAAAACAGGUUCAUGUAUUCAUGAAACAGACGCUAAAGGCCACUGCACCAAGAAUGGCUCCCACUGUGCCUUUGCUCACGGAUCACAUGACCUGCGCAGCCCCGUUUAUGAUAUCAGGGAGGUGCAGGUGAUGGAGUCUCAGGGAGGCUCAGGAGCAACAGAGGGCAGUGGUGGAGACGGGCAGUCGGGACAAGCAGCCAGCACAGCCCUCAUAGAGAAAAUCCUGAGUGAAGAGCCACGCUGGCAAG